GAGCUGAGCCAGGUUUAGUGGUUGGGUGGUUACCCUUAACGUACUAACCGCAGAGUCUACUUGAAAAUUAAGUUGAUUCAACUUACUCCCUGUGUUGAGCAGAUGAUUUUGCAUAAAGCGGCCUUUCGGUAGUAUGAUCAGCAUUCUUGGGUGGUUCCAUGCUCUUAUUUUGAAAUGUAAAUACAUGUGAAAGUGACUGCUCUCUUUUUGCUUGAUCCCCUCCUUGUUCGUGGGCACACGUGCUUAAUCUUAUCUAGACACCGAGCGGUACGUAGGAAGUAGCUAGCCCGGCACUGUGGCACACAGGCAGCCUAGCAAUGGCCUCUAAACUGUUGGUGCACAAAAGUGGGCGUGGUUGGAUAAAAUAGCGCAUCUCGGUACGGUAUACCCUUACCGGUAUUAAUAUGCUGAACGGAUUGACAUUGACCAUGUGCUGAAUUUAUGACGGCCGCAGUUGAAACUGCGCUACGAUUAUCUUUGAUAUUAAUAACCUCAAUCGGGAUUUGGAUUUGGAUUUGGACUCAAGAUGAUGUCAAUUUUAGCUUUACAUGAAAAUACCCACCUUACAGAUGGCUGUGUUGAAAUUUUGAAUGAUGAAUGGCCAAGGAGCAAAGCUGCUAGGUUGCAUUCUAUUACCAAGUCAUGCUCUACACUACCAUACUCAUUAGUUCUGGUAGAGAAUGAAAGCACAGUUGUUGGAUACUGCAGGUUGGCCAAGGUCAUCAGUGAUGACAAGAGUGUUCUUGUAGAAUCUGUUGUUGUAGACAAAAAGCGGAGAGGACAAGGGUUGGGUAGAUGUGUAAUGGAGAUGGCCGAACAACAUGCAGCAAAAGCUGGUUUCCACAGGAUGUAUCUCUGCACCAAGGAUAAACAAGGAUUUUAUGAACAUCUAGGAUACUCCUUCUGCAAGCCUGUCAACACAGUUGGAGCCAUGAUGCUAGAAACCUGUGACUGUGCAGUUGACACAAACACAUCACUACCGGUCAAAGACUCAGGAUCUAAUUGCUGUAAGUCUACUGAUACCGAAGCCAUAUCGUCAAGCCAUAUCAGCAACUCAGAAACCAUAGAAAGUGGAAAGAAGUGCUGUAAAAGCAAAGAGACAGCGUGUAGUUCAGCUUCCGUAUGUGAUGGUGACAAGGAGGAGAAGGUGGAAGCACCACCUUGUGAACCUCCAAAGGGCGUCGCUCCUCCCCCGCCCCCUCCUCCACCUCCGAUAGCCGUAUCCUCCACCAAACCAGCACUCCGUAUUGAUUGGAUGGUAAAGGAUGUUGUCCAUAUAGCAUAGCAACCUCAGAUGUCUUUCUACACCAGUGGACUGUUUCAUAAAGCUGUUCGUAAAGGUACGCCCGACUUUUUGAAUGACUGGCAUGUUCUUACAUGCAAGCUUGUUUUCAGUGAUCCAUCCAAUCAAGAACGUUUUCAGGCAAUUCUUUCUCGACCAUGCCUUUUUUCAUAUUUUAUGCACAAGGUCUCGUGAAAGAUGACAAAAUCGAUAUUUAAGUUAUGAAUUUUGUUUCCGAAUAGAUAGCCGUAAAAGCGAGAAAAGGCUUAAAAUCGUAACUUGCUGGUGCAAAUGGAAAUUAAAUAGCACCUCAUUCUAUUGUUCUAACUCAGUCAUGCGUGCAUUAUGAAUGUUGAGAUUAGCUUCAAAUGAAAGAGGGGAAACAUACUUUAUAUUGAUGUACAAUCUCAUGAAGCUAAUUUAUGAUUAUGAUGGCAAAAUAUUACACUGAAUUCUGGUUUCCUUUUUCUGGGGACACACUGUAUAGAGCACAAGGAAUGGUCGUCCAGGUGUGCGUAAAGUCAUUCUUAACUUACGAACAGCUUUAUGAAAACCCACCAGUGCUGCUAUUCAGUUCAUCUGUGUCUCUGCCAAAGUCAAGGUCCAAGGCCAAGUUCCAGCUUUUGAGUCCUGAAAGCUGCAUACCUGAACUACUUGGUCUUUCCUCUAGAAAUCUUUGGUUGAACUCAUAGUUUAUGCAGAUUUCCUGUAUAAAUUACGCUUAUUUACAGCGUAUAUUAAAAACUGUCCAAUGCUGAUAUGCGCGCUUUUGUCACAGUGCACUAAGCUGACGCCUGUUGCCGUGGUUAUCCACGCUACUUUAUUUGUGAGUCCACUGUUUUGAAUUAUUGAGUCCACUCUUCAAACAGUGGAGUCAUGAAUAAAAUAGCAUACUUAACCAUGGCAACAGGUGUCAAUUUGGCGCACUGUGACAAAAGCGUGCAUCAGCAUUGGCCAUUUUUUUUAUAUACGCGGUAAAUAAGCGUAAUUUAUACAGGAAAUCUGCAUAAACCAUGGGUUCAACCAAUGGUUUUAAAAACCACCUGUGUGAAUAUGGGCCAUUUUGUCUGCUAUCAAUUUGGUCUAAUUUUCAUUCAGUAUAAUCCCCAGUUGGUCCAAUUUCCACUUUGUCUUUGUUGAAGGAAAAUUUGUUCAUCUAACCAUAUAGUUAAACUGAUGUUAGACUAAAUGGAUGUUAGAUGUAAAAUAGGUAUAGCUAAAUGGAAAUCAGACCAAAUUGUUAGGAGACAGACUGGUUGCAGAUGAAGCGGUAGGAGUAGACUGUGUGGCAUGAGACAAUAGUGGUUCACAGAUUUUUUAGCCAGUAAAGUCUUCUACCUCCGGAACAUUUAUUGUGCCUCAUAUAUCCCAUAGACUUUCUAUAUAAAAAUGUUGCUGAGUAUUUUUCUUGCUGAACUCUGUCCCACCGCAUCUGAAAUAGCUGGAAGGAAUUAUGUGCCCUUCUCCAUGAGCAGUCUUUGUACUUUGAAUUGGACUUCUGAUUCUGUGAAGUAUACAUGCGCCUUCUUUAUAAAAAUUGAAAGUAUUGUGGUCCCUUUUGCCCUUGAUCCAUGGUCAAAUAAAUGAUGAUGAUACUGAUGACGAAUAGCAUUUAUAUAGUGCUGUUUGUUUUAUAUGAGAGAGAUAGAAUUAAUUUUACAGUUGAUAUCAUUUAAAAGUCAUGACAUACUAGAAAGUUAUAUUUUCUUACAUUCUGAGCCAUGGUGAGCUAAAAUCCCUUCUCUCUUCUAUUCUUUAUAUGUGACUUACCACCCCAAAAACACCAAUAAGUCGCCCGGUAAGGUUCUCUGUUAAUAGCCAAAAUAGUAAUUUAGUCUCCAAACCCCCCCCCCCCCCAAAAAAAAAAAAAAAAAAAACUUAUCUGUAUGAACAAUUCUUCUUCUUCAUACUGUGAAAAUUUGAAGUC